UUCAUACCAUUACGAAUGAAGUGUGAAAUGCCACGCCCAGUCUCGAGUCCGACGUUUCCGUUGGCGAAAAGCGCACGUCCCCAAAAGACGCAUGCGCAGAAGGCCCUAAUGGGAGGGGCUGGAAAAGGCGGUGGGUCCGGCUUCAUUGGGACAGCCCUAACCCGGCUGCUGAAAGCCAGGGGCCACGAGGUGACGCUGGUCUCCAGACAGCCAGGGCCGGCUCGAAUUACGUGGGAGGAACUCAGCAACUCUGGGCUGCCGAGCUGCGAUGCUGUGGUCAACCUGGCCGGGGAGAAUAUCCUCAACCCUCUCCGAAGGUGGAAUGAAGCCUUCCAAAAAGAGGUUCUCACCAGCCGCCUGGAGACCACCCAAAUGCUGGCAAAAGCCAUCACUAAAGCCCCACAGCCACCCCAGGCCUGGAUCUUAGUCACAGGUGUAGCUUACUACCAGCCCAGUCUGACUGCAGAGUAUGAUGAGGACAGCCCAGGGGGAGAUUUUGACUUUUUCUCCAACCUUGUGACCAAAUGGGAAGCCACAGCCAGGCUUCCUGGAGAAUCUACACGCCAGGUGGUGGUGCGCUCAGGAGUUGUGCUGGGCCAUGGAGGUGGUGCCAUCGGCCAUAUGCUGCUGCCCUUCCGACUGGGCCUUGGGGGGCCCAUCGGCUCAGGCCACCAAUUCUUCCCCUGGAUUCACAUCAGGGACCUGGCAGGAAUCCUGACCCAUGCCCUUGAAGCAAACCACGUGCAGGGGGUCCUCAAUGGCGUGGCUCCAGCCUUCACCACUACCAAUGCUGACUUUGCCCAAGCCUUGGGCGCUGCCCUGGGCCGCCCAGCCUUCAUCCCAGUCCCCAGCACUGUGGUACAAGCUGUCUUUGGGCGAGAACGUGCCACCAUGUUGCUGGAGGGCCAGAAGGUGGUGCCCCGGCGGACACUGGCCACAGGCUACCAGUAUUCCUUCCCAGAGCUGGGGGCUGCCUUGAAGGAAGUUGUAGCCUAAGUAGAGAGGCUUUUGGCAGGAGCCCAGGCUUAUCCCCUGCCAGACGUGCCUGGUUAGAUACUGUGAACAGCCGCAGGUUAUGCUCUACUGGAGAUCAGAAAUCAUCUGGGUCUUCAAGAAACCUCUCUCAUUCUUCUCUUCCCCAUCAUUCUGUCGCCCCACCUUAUUUAACUGAGAAAUUCUCCAGUCUCAAGGCUGUAUCUCACCAAGUUGGGACCUUGACCUCUUCUAGUCCCUGUAAAAAAUUUCCAAGUUUGUUUUCCUCUGUGUUGCAUUGUUGCCCCAAUUCUCCUUCGUGCUGUGUUGAAUAUGCUGCGGUUUUGACAAUAAAGAUUAAAUUAUCUAACUGGCUUCCACUCAUCUUUUUGGCCUACAUUCUCCUAGAUACUAUUCCAGGAUGUCAUUCUAUAUGACUUUUCCCAGCAUGGGGUUUUUAAAGUUACAAUAGGCAACAGCUCUUCUCAUCCUUUCCCAUCUUGGUUCCUGUUUACCAGAAGGGCUGAUCAGAGUAUAAGGCAUAAAGUUAUGAUAAGGUUAAAGAGAGAAGACAAAAGAAAUGAUUGUCCAUUUCCAGUGAGUUCUGUGGUCAUCCUGCACAUCUGUUCACUGAGUACAUGCCAUCAGGAAUAUUAGCAGAGGAGGAGCCCCCGGUGUAGGCUAGCCUUCAGUCUGUGUCACCAAAUGCCAGUGAAUUAAAAAGUAAUCAUAUUAGUCCUAGUUUGUCAACCUGCAGCAGCACAAGUCCAACACCUAGGAUUUGCCUCUCAUCUGAUUAGAGCCACUUCCAUCUACCAGGAUCCUACAAAAGGGCAGAAGAGCCCUCUGACCUAUUGCACUUUCAUCAUCAGAGAGUGGAAAGGGCAGGGAACCAAUCACAGGCUACAAAUUUAACCCUGUCAGGAAAAUGUAGGUGCCAGGUAUUCACCUGGGACCCUUUUCAUCUACCUAAAGAGUGACGUCUGCCAUGAUUUAACCAGCAGUAGUUCAUCUGCCAAUUUGGACCAUAUUAUCCAGUCCUCCUCUUUCCCAGGGCACUAUGGAUUGAGUCACUAACCCCUGCCUGACCAGCUUGUCUCCAUUAUGCACACCUCCAGCCUGCAUCAAUACAGACUAGCAAUCUAAAGCACCAGCAGGUAGAAGGGCCAAGCCACUGAGACCUGGGGACCCUCCCCCACUGUUCAGCUCCUCAUGCUUAAUUCCCUGCCUAUUAGGAAAGAAGUCAGAGCCUACAAAGGAUCUUCAUCAGUGAUGUACUGCAGGGCCUAAACAGAACAAAGCCCAGGGGCACCUGUCCUACGUCAUUUGGUCUAGGACUCUAGGAGGUUGACUACCUCUGUGCCUGGGGAAAUCAAAGGUAACAAAAAAGCAUCUGGUAGGCUACCUUAGAAGAAGGACUAUCAGUGAAUACUGUCCCUGUAAGAAAUGUGCUACCUUAAGGUAGUAAAUUCCUCAGCACAGAAGGAAUCCAAGCAGAUACAAGGCAAUGACCUGCAGGAAUCAGCAUUGAGACCAGAUGUCAUGUGUGUUAGUGGAGUUAUUGUGAGGCCAAUAAGGUGCCUUCUAACUCUGACUCUUCAGUUUUCACUUUCCAGGCAACUGCUUCAUCUAGAUAAAACCGCUCCAUAUACAUGCACAGCUGUGCACACACAUAGACACAAAGCAGAAGUGCCUCAACUUAUGCAACCUAUGUCUUUGUAAAGAAAAUGUUAGCUCAGAAAAUGUUAGCUCAGAUCAUAUUAACAUCAUUGCCGAGCAUGGCUUCAUGGAUUUGAUACUCCACACCAAGGACAUCCUGACACAUCUGUGCAUCUGUAAACAAAUACCUGAUGCAACAAGAGAGCUGCCAUUUAUAGGAACCCUGAGAGUAUUCGUGAUAAUGCAGUCACCCCUGACUUAGCUAUUUCAUAAAUGUGAAUACUGAGAGUUGCCCAAAAGGGUUGUAGCCAUUAUGCAGCAUGUUAUUCUGAGGACACAGUGUUAAAAUCUAGGGUUUGGAACCUAAACAUGAAUGAGCCACAUCUCUCUGAGAGCAAAGUUUUGGUUAGGGAGCCUGUGCAGCCACAUCUGAGGCUUGGUCCCAGCACCUUUCCUCUACGAUCCUACUUCUCCCUCCAACAGGCACUUUUACUCUUGAUUUAUUGGCAGAAGUAAAGGCCAAGCAGCUCAACCAAAGCCACAGACAGGCAUAGCUGAGAUUGGAAACGAGCCACCCUCUGCCUUCCUCAGCACACUGCUACCCAGCCUACCUAACAGGACAGCUCCUCAAGAGGCUAGCAUUCCUUCUGAUACCCCCAGGGAACAGUCCAGCCUGUAAUUUCAGCCAGUCCUUUGGUCAGAACAGCAAGCAGGGGGAGGAAAGCCUCAGAUGUUUUGCCAGCCCUGGGUUACUCCAGCCUGCACCAAGACUCUCCAGUCUCCACAACUUCUCUUUCUAGCAGCCCCUUUCCUACAGAAAGCAAGAUGGUUAAAGCAAGAUUGGGAAGUUAA